AAUAUUGUUAUAAUUGUGCAGAUUUCUGUGUGUUUGUAAUCGUUGACAUUCCAGCCCAGAUGACGGGCUUUACUCUGAUAGUCUUCAUCUAAGCAGGUUCCCUCGUGUUAGCUUUGCCAGGCUCGCUCCCCGGCUGCUAAAGCUGACUUGUUGGUUAGCAAGGGACCUGAAGCAUGGAGGCUGUUCUGAACAGGCUGAGGGGACUAAGUGCCGAUGAACUGCGUGAGGAAUUUGCACAAGCAAACCUCAAGUGUGGCCCCAUCACAGCUACCACUCGAGCCACUUUUGAAAGGAAGUUAGCCCGAGUCCUUGCCGGGUCAGAGAGCAGUGCCAGUGAAUCGGACAGCAGCUCUUCAGCAGGUGUCAAAGGCAGUGCUGCCUCUGUUGCUGAUCAUACCACCCCUACAUCAUGUGCCACCUCAGCAAAGGCACCCACCACUGUUGCAACAAUCAGCAGCCCUACUAAGGCUGCCAUCGAAGAAUUGGACUUCGGCUAUGGUGUGGGUCUCAACCCUCCAGAAGAGGAGGAGAUCUUGCUAAAGACAGCUUCAGACAGCUCUGGUGAAGGCAGUAACUCUCAGUCCAAAGCGGAAAUUCCUUCACAACCUGCACAAGUGUCCCCGACCUUUUAUUAUGGAGUAUGUCCACUGUGGGAGGAUGUUUUGGCUAGAAAUGAGAGAGUACAUGUAUACACAGAUAAGAAAGAUGCCCUUCAAGCUGUAAAGAUGAUGAAGGGAGCCCGCUUCAAAGCCUUUUCCAACUGUGAGGAUGCUGAAAGGUUUGCCAAGGGGAUCUGUGACUAUUUCCCCUCUCCCAACAAAUCUGCACCCUGUGUAUCUUCUGUCAAACCAGGCCUGGUCAUUAGUAAAGACAACAUUGAGGUUGAUAGCAUCAACCGGGAGCGGGCCAACAGUUUUAAGAGCCCACGCACCCAGGACCUGACAGCCAAACUGAGGAAGGCUGUGGAGAAGGGCGACGAGGAGGCCUUUAGCGAGCUGGUCUGGAGCAACCCACGCUAUCUCAUUGGCUCAGGGGAUAACCCCACUGUUGUGCAGGAGGGCUGCCGGUACAAUGUCAUGCACGUGGCAGCCAAGGAGAACCAGGUGGGAAUCGCCCAGCUGCUCUUGGACACCUUGGAGAACCCAGAGUUUAUGCGCCUAAUGUACCCAGAUGACAAGGAAGACAUGCUACAGAAACGUAUCCGCUACAUUGUAGAUCUUUACCUCAACACUCCAGAUAAAGCUGGAUUUGAAACACCGCUUCACUUUGCCUGUAAGUUUGGGUGCCCAGACGUGGUCAAUGUCCUGUGCUCGCAUCCUGACAUUGAUAAGAACUGUAAGAACAAGGAUGGCCAGAAGCCGGGUGAUCUCAUUUGUAGCAGAAAAAAUAAAACCCAAGAAGUGAAGCAGAAGAUAAGUGAAUAUUUGGAGGACCGCUACUAUAUCCCUUUGCUGAGGUCAGCUGACAACACCUCACAGCCCAUCAUUGGUGCUCCAUGGUCAUCUGAGUCCUCAGAAAGUCUCUCACUGAUCCAGCAGCACACAAAAGGCCCCAUGGAUCCAGUGAUGACUGUCACAGCCUUUGCUGGCCCACUGAGUCCCUCUAAAGCAAAUGAUUUUCGGCGCUACUGGAAGACACCACCCAGAGACCGGGCUGCCUUUUUCCACCACAUCCUUAAGUCUGAUCCAGACCGUGGAGCAGAGAGAGUGGGCAGAGACCUGGCUCAUGAGGGGGGACACCCCUGGGCUGAGUACUGGGACUUCCUUGACAGUUUUGUGGAUCUGUCGUCGACUGAGGGGCUCCGCAGGCUGGAGGAGUACCUGAGCAAGAAGGAUUUCAGCUUACAGGCUCAUGAGGAGGCUGGGGAGAAUGAGACCAGCAACAGGUUUAAAACCCCCUCUCCAGGAAAGCCCAAAAAGUUCUGCAACUCCAUCUCUGUUGGUGCCUUCCUGGAUGAGGGUGAUGACAUCAGCCUUGAGGAGAUGAAGAACCGGCAGAAUGCAGCACUCACCAGCAUCACCUCCUCUGUUGCAUCCAAGGAUGUCCUGAAGGGAGCAGUGGGCGGCCGUGAGUUCCACAUCCUACCCAUUGCGCUGCAUCACCGUGGGGCUGACCUGAUCGAGACAGCAGCUGAGCAGGACCUGCUGUGCUGCUGCGAUGACGGGCUCCUGUUGCCCGGUGUUGUAUGCAAAAAUGGGGUGUGCUCCUCCUCCAGAGAUAGGACUCACAAUGGAGACAAAGUGUCCCCUCGACCAUCCCCGUCCUCCUCCUGUCUGCUGUCGCCUAUCUCCAACCUGAUGGUGGAGUUUGAGCGCAUGUCGCUGCAAGAGCCAAGGAGCAGUGGGGGGAGCCGGCACUCGUACAGCUCCUCCUCAGCCACAGACCUGAGCUGCGGACUGAAUCGCAUGUCUCUCGGUCACAGCGGUGAGGACAGCGAGGCUGUGGAAGGCCCGAGCUGGAGAACAGAAGGAGGAGGGACAGAAGAGAGGCGCAGCAGUGGCAGCUCAGAGGAGUACUUUACAGCAGAGGAGGGUCUUGAGGUGCUGGGCAGGACUAGGGGGUCAGGGGUGCGCAACUUUUGUGCUAGGUCCAAGUCAUGGGACCAUAUGGGGAGGGACCUGAGCAGCUCAGGAUCUUCUUCAUCCUCAUAUAAGUCCUUAGACAACUCCCAUGAGUUAUCCCAUGAGAAAAGAGGACUUUUCAUUGAUGGGAAUUCACCAACCAGGUUGGACAGAGAGGUCUUGUCAGCAAUAGAAGGCAUGGAUGUCGAUCCCCAGAAGUAUCCCAGCAUUCAUAAGUGGAAGAGCACAAUGUCGUCAUACUCUGCAUCAGACAUGCAGAGUUGGCCCAGCCCUAUGGUGGUAAAACCACGACUCAGGAUGCAGCAUCAGACCCCCGGCUCUCCAGUCAGCGGCCUGAUGUCUCCCACCGGCCGCUUAAGUCCUGCCCGGCACGCCGCCUCGCCUGACUUUAGCCCCAGUCGUUACAGCCCAGCCAAUGCUAGCUACAUCCAGCGCAUUCGCCUCAAGCACUUGAACGAGCCGCCAGUCUAACUGCCUGCUCCUCCCCACUACCAACCUACAGUAGCUGCACCAAGGUGGCUACACCAGAGCUCAGAAACCACAUACCUAACAGAAAUAUGCACAAUGUCUGGAAGAUUUGUAUUAAUGAUGUAUGGUACUACUUCUCUAUGUAAUACAGGAAUUCUCAUCACGUUGGGUUGUGAUGUACACUCAAGACUUUCAAAAUGGGGGAGAAAAAGAAACCUUGACAAUUUAUGUACUGUGUGAGUGUGUACCAUUUUGAAUUUAUGGUAAUGUUGUGGCAAAUGUGAAGCACCUGUAUCAUAGCCUGAGUCCACUUUUUUGGAUAUCGUGAAUUCAAGUCGCACUCCCCAGAGUUAGUCGGUCACUAAAACCUUGGUGGAGAAUUCUCCACAAGAUUCUGACACUGAAGAUGUUCUCUAAAAAAAAAAAAAAAAGGUAAAAUGUCACUAUUUUAAAAUUAUUUUUUGUAUGUUGGUUAGUAGCACAAAAUUUAAAUGUUUUUAUUGAUGGUGUUAAAACCGACUGCCAUUUCUUAUGUUUAUCCUCAGUUCAGAAUUGCUUUAAUUUUAAAAUGAUAGACCAGUUCUGUCAGUUUGCGGCGGUCACUGAUGAUCACUGCAAACAUACAGACUGAGAUCGUCCAUGUUUUUAUUUUGUACUUCAAUAAAUGCAAACAUUUUCCCAUUUUUUAAA